AUGGACUCAAAAAUCGACACGGUGAAUAUUUUCAAGAGAUUGUUCUUUUACUGGCAAAUUUUGGGAUUAAAAACAAACUUUAAUAAGUAUUUGAUUGGUCUGUAUGAUAUUUUUGUGAACAUUUUCGCGACGUUUGCCUUUCCGCUUCACCUGCUUUUGGGAGUGAUUUUCGCCAGCGACAAGGAAACCGUUUUCACCAAUCUUGCCAUCUGUAUUUCCACAAUUGCCUGUACAGCUAAGCACUUAACGCUUCGUCCGCAACUCAGCCAAAUAAUCAUUGUGAACAAAAUUCUACAGAAUCUGGAUCAGCGGGUGCAAAAUGAAGAGGAUACGAGUUACUACUUGAAAAAUAUGCGUGGGAGGUGCACUUUCAUGAUUAAUUUCUUCACUGUCUCAUACUUUGCGGUAUCAGGUAUGGCAGUGCUGGCUGCUCUCUCUACUACCAAUAUAUUAUAUCCAGGUUAUGUGAUUGUCGAUUGGCACCAUUCGACUUGGAAGUAUUUGGCUGUAUUUAUCUUUCAAACAUACGGCCUGAAUAUGCAAAUCGUGCAGAACCUCACCAACGAUGUUUAUGGACCUAUGAUCCUUUGCAUGAUUUCGGGCCAUAUUCAUUUGCUCUCCAGACGUAUUUCACGUAUUGGACACGAGCACGAAACCGAAGGGCAUAAAAACUAUGAAGAGCUAGUGCUGUGUAUAGACGAGUACAAAGUCUUGAUGAAACAAGUGGAACGGAUAAUCUCUCCCAGCUACAUGGUACAGUUUACAGCUGUUGGCAUUAACGUCGUGAUCGGUCUCUUAUAUUUGCUUUUCUUCGCCGACAAUCUCUUUGCUUACUGCUAUUAUAUUUUCCAUAUUAUUUCCAUUAUGAUCGAGAUUUUUCCCUGCUGCUACUAUGGCAGCAUGGUUCAGGCGGAAUUCUAUGCGCUGUCUUACGCCAUAUUUCGCAGCAAUUGGAUAUCACAGUCUCGCACUUUUCGUCGCGCGGCUGUUACGUUGACGGAACUUACUCUGAGAGAUGUCACGGUAUCGGCGGGUGGAAUGGUAAGAAUUCAUUUGGACUCGUUCUUUAAGACCUGCAAAAUGGGGUACUCAAUAUUCACGGGAAAACAUACAAGCUAUUUGAUCGGUCUCCAUGAUAUUUUUGUGAACAUUUUCGCGACGUUUGCCUUUCCGCUUCACCUGCUUUUGGGCGUGAUUUUCGCCAGCGACAAGGAAACCGUUUUCACCAAUCUCGCUAUCGGUAUUUCCUCGAUUGCCUGCACAGCCAAGCACUUAACGCUUCGUCCGCAACUCAGCCAGAUAAUCUUUGUUAACAAAAUUCUACAGAAUCUGGAUCAGCGGGUGCAAAAUGAAGAGGAUACGAGUUACUACUUGAAAAAUAUGCGUGGGAGGUGCAGUUUCAUGAUUAAUUUCUUUACUGUCUCCUACUUUUCGGUAUCGUGUAUGGCAGUGCUGACUGCUCUUUCUACUACCAAUAUAUUAUACCCGGCAUAUGUGAUUGUCGAUUGGCAAAAUUCGAUAUGGAAGUACUUGGCGGUAUUGGUCUUUCAAACAUACGGCUUGAAAAUGCAAAUCGUGCAGAAUCUCACCAACGAUGUUUAUGGACCUAUGAUCCUUUGCAUGCUUUCGGGCCAUAUUCAUUUGCUCUCCAGACGUAUUUCACGCAUUGGACACGAGCACGAAACCGAAGGGCAUAGAAACUAUGAAGAGCUAGUGCUCUGUAUAGACGAGUAUAAAGUAUUGAUGAACACAACGAGACAAGUGGAACGGAUGAUCUCCCCCAGCUACAUGGUACAGUUUACAGCUGUUGGCAUUAACGUCGUGAUCGGUCUCUUAUAUUUACUUUUCUUCGCCGACAGUCUAUUUGCUUACAGCUAUUAUAUUUUCCAUAUUUUGGCCAUUAUGAUCGAGAUUUUUCCCUGCUGCUACUACGGCAGCAUGGUUCAGUUGGAAUUCUAUGCGCUGUCUUACGCCAUAUUCCGCAGUAAUUGGACAUCACAGUCUCGCACUUUUCGUCGUGCUGCUGUUACGUUGACGGAACUUACUCUGCGAGAUGUCAUUGUAUCGGCGGGUGGCAUGAUAACACUUGAUUUGGACUCGUUCUUCAAGACCUGCAAAAUGGGGUACUCAAUAUUCACUGUUCUACAAAGUAUGAAGUAGGGAAUAGGAUUUGAGACCGCAAAUUUUGUAAUUAUUUGAUUAUCCUUAGCACAUCAAUUUGCACCAAUAUAGUUUAACUUAAAUACUAAUGCAUUCUUUGACUUUAGAAUUUUUACUAAAUUGAAAAAUUUAUAAAAGACAGUCAAUAGUUGCACCUACGUAGCUUCGAUUUAAGCAAUAAAGCUGGUAAUAAAAGCAUUAGAAAUAA